AUGAGUAUUAUACCUAUUGCUAGCACAGAUGGCGAGGAAUCUGACCUCUCAGCCUCAACCUCCUCAUCUGAACAAUGGUCACAACCAUGCCAGCACUUUGCAUUUGCUGAAAUUCUUGCAGCAACUGAAAACUUCGAUGGAUCGUUAGUAAUUGGGAGUGGGGGUUUCGGGAAAGUUUACAAAGGUAAUGUUAUGAAUGAAUCCAGUUCUGUAGUGGCUGCAAUUAAACGGUUGGAUGCCAUGUCCAAUCAAGGGGAAACAGAGUUUUGGGCUGAAGUUGAGAUGCUUUCCAAGUUGCGUCACUGUCAUCUAGUGUCUUUGAUUGGUUAUUGUAACCAUGAAAAAGAAAAGAUAUUAGUAUAUGAAUAUAUGCCAAAUGGAACGCUUGAGGAUCAUCUACACAAACUUCGUACACCUCUUACUUGGCUUCAACGACUCAAGAUCUGCAUAGGUGCGGGUCGUGGACUACACUACCUUCACACUGGCACUGGGAUUGAAUUUGGUAUCAUACAUCGUGAUGUCAAAAGCUCCAAUAUUUUGUUGCAUGAAAGUUGGGCAGCCAAAAUUUCAGAUUUUGGGUUGUCCAGAAUAGGCCCUACAAAUCAACCAUCGACUUAUGUCAACACGCUAGUCAAAGGAACAUUUGGCUAUUUAGAUCCAAAUUAUUUUACAACAGGAAGGUUGACAAGGAAAUCCGAUGUGUAUGCUUUUGGGGUAGUAUUGUUGGAAGUGUUGUGCCGUAAGCGUGCAGUGGAUAAAACUCUUGAUGAGGAGCAAUGGGGAUUAGCAACAUGGGCUCAAGAUUUCAUCAAAGAAGGAAACUUCAAACAUAUCGUUGAUUCAGAGUUAAGAGGUCAAAUUUCUCAAAGAAGUUUGAAAGAGUUCCUACAAAUUGCUGGAAGAUGUUUGCAUAACAAUCCUAAGAAGCGACCUACAAUGGCUGAGAUUGUAGUCAGUCUCGAGUCUCUAUUAAUUGUAAAAGAAAAAACGAAUAGCUCGCUGCAAACUAAAGGAAGAACAGUAUUUGGUAGAAUGUUUGAUAUGCUUCAACUACUUUCUAUCAGAGCAAACGCUGCCCAAUCUUAUUCAAAUUUACCAAGUAAUGUCAAGGGUAAUAGUAGGAUUGCUUUUGAUAUUGAAGAGUCAGACAACAAUAUGGUUGAGGAUGUUAGGCAAGUUCUUGAAAAGUUUGGAGCUCCAAAUCCAAACUUAAAAGUGUACGAAUUCUCUGAUCUAGAAAGUAGUACAAGAAGCUUUAGUCAAGAUUUUCUCUUAGGCAGGGGACUUUUUGGAGAGUUGUUCUUAGCUACGUUCGAUGAGAGGUCAUUGAGAACUUCAACAUGUGGUGACGAAGUUGCUGUGCUUGUUAAAAGGCGCAGGUCAGUCUGCUCUCAAGGGAAUGAUCAAUGCCUGGCAGAACUUGGCUUGUUAGGACAGUUGACUCAUCCAAAUAUUGUAACUCUCUUGGGAUACUGUAACCACGGAGAUGAAAACAUGCUUGUUUACGAGUACAAGGAGAACCGAUGUUUGGAUAACUUUCUAUUCACAGGUGCAACUAACACUGCCAAGCCACUUUCAUGGGGUAAACGUCUUAGAAUAAUGAUAGGAGUAGCCCGCGGGCUCACUUAUCUGCAUUCACUUAAAGAUCAAGUUGUGUGUGGUGGUGUUCAAAGCUCUCGUAUAUUGCUAGAUCAAGAUUUCAAUGCAAAACUGUUAGAUUUUGGAUUGCUGAAAUCUCGCCUUCAAUUUGGCAAUAUCAAUUAUGGUCCUUCUUUUACGACACACCACAUCCUAGACCCCGAGUACCUGAGAACUGGUCAUUUUGAUAUGAAGAGUGACAUCUAUGGUUUUGGAGUGGUUUUAUUGGAAACUCUAACAGCAUUGCCAGCAAUAGGCAGCGAGAGUCCUGAUGAUGAGCAGUAUAGUUUGGUAGACUGGGCACAUCAAAUCCUGGCAAAUAGACAAAAUCUAGAAGAAAUAAUGGAUCCAUGUCUAGAACAAAAUUACCCCUUAGAUGGUGCUUUUGAAUGCGGUCAACUUGCGUUAAGAUGUGUCUCAAAUAAAGCUAAAGACAGGCCAUCAAGUGAAGAGCUUCUGCAGAGCUUGGAACAAAUAUAUACUUCUAGCAAGCAAUGGAGAUAUAGCUUGAGAGAGACGGACACAUAA